UCUUCGGAGGGCCUCUUUGAACCCUGUCUUUGCCUGAAUGUGUGGCGCAGAGCUGUUCUCUGACGGCCUUUGUAAGGCUAGAGAAACGAAAAGCUUUAAGGCUGGCCAGGGAGGCACUCGGCUGCACCUGUAACAGGUGUAUUGCCCUCCUUGAAAGCAUUCGAGGUGGACCAUUAAGGCCAGGCGCCUCGACAGUAGAAACGUCACCGUCAACGCAAGAAGUGGUGUACUGCACGUGGUUUUCACGCUCGGGCCAUUCUCAUUUAUCGAGGAUUUCCCCAUCCUCCCCGGAGAUGGCGGGCGGAAUCUGAUCGGCACAGCCAACGAUCAGCAGGCAACCACCUCUUUUCGUCUCCAGACGAAGGAUACGGCUGAGGACUGACGGACGACGCAGCGACAACAGCGGCGGCGGCGGAAAGGAAGGCAAGAUGGCAGCGGCAAAAGGGACCAAGGAACUUGUCUCUCUGCUCGAAAAAUUUGGGACAUGCGAGAUUGCAGACGCUCUGGUCAAGCUCAAGAACCGGUCGGGCGGGCAUCUCCCUGGAAUCUUUGCGCAUGCGCCUCGGCCUGACAAGGCAGGCCCCUCGACGGGCAUCUGUGGGCCGGCUUUUACCGUUGAAAUGGUAUCUCAGGCCGAUGUUGAUGCGCCCAAGCCAGAUAAGCACUUUGUCGACGCGACCGAGGGCCAUGAGGGCUGCGUCAUGGUCAUCAGCGCGCCGCCCGAAACGCGCUCCGCCAUCUGGGGCGGCCUCAUGACGCUGCGGGCCCAGGCGCUGGGCGUCAAGGGCGUCGUGCUUGACGGCCGCUGUCGCGAUCUCGAGGAGCAGUGGGACUCUGGCUUCAGUAUUUUUGCGCGCUCCCACUCGACCCUCGGUCAGUCGCCGUUCACCAGGCCCUCGCGUUUCCAGGUACCCCUCUCGAUUGCCGACCCGACGGCACCGAGUUUUCCCUCCACGACGAUCGCGCCCGAUGAUCUCGUCCGCGCAGACGUCGACGGCGUCGUUGUUUGUCCCCGCGCCGAUGUCCUGGCUGUCGUCGAGGCCGCGACAAAGGCGCGCGAGGUCGAUGAACGGUGCAAGGAGGACCUCCUCCAGGGAAAGGGCGUCAAGGAGACAUUUGCCAAGUGGCGCGGAAAGUAGAUCCUUGAUACACUCUCCUCUAGCUGCUACUGUUGCUGCAAUUCGACCACUGCUACAUGCUUCUUCAUGGACCGUCGCGCGUCGACCGUAAAAAAGUGCACCGUGUCCAACUUACUUCACAUCUCCUUUCGCAUCAUGUGAAAGUUGUUCAGACGAAAGCGACAGACACCGGAAGAGCGGAGCCUUUGGAGGUUUCUUCAAGACGGGAAGGGAAGUGCUUGAGCGGAGGGUGUUCCCCCAUCUUUACAGCGAGCUGCAAAGUUUGUACACCAGCAGGAGC